AUGGCCCAAGUGACACCUCUAGAAGUGGAUGAAGUUUACGAUGAAGAAGAUAAUUUUCUACAGGAACAAACUGUGAAGAGCUCGACCAAUUGUUGUUGCUCCAUCAACACAGUACUGGUAGCCAUGACAUCUUUAAUAAUCCUAUUCUGUGUUUUGGUAUUAUCGGCUGUGUGGGUCUCAGCAUUCAGUGUCCAAGUUGAGGAAUUGAGUAAUACGGUGAGACAAGAACACUUCGACAAUAUGUAUUCAGCCACAACAGACUAUUUGAAAACCAUGUUGAUAAUGACAGAGUCUGUGAAAUCGCAAUUGUACACUGGAUUUGAUUUUAAGAAUCAAACUCUCAUAGCAGAUCACACCUUUAGAUUGUACAAGAUGGAACGAAAGAAUUUGGGAGAUUGGGCACAUGCCAUGUUUGUUGGUUCUUCUAUGGGUGAUGCCUUUGGUAUUUCCAGUUACAAAAACAAUCCAAUGUACAUGAAUAUUACAUAUGGUCAAAAUCAAUUAUAUUGGUUAUGUUUAAAUUGGCAAAAGUUGGAUUAUUGCAAGAAAAACUCAACAACUCCAACAAUGACUUUAGCUCCAUUCAAGAAUAUUCAAAUUCUAUACAAUGCAGCAGCUUCAAAUCCAGGUGGUUUUGCGUUUAGUCCUUCAUUUAUUGAUUCAACCCAUCCUUCAUUGGUUUUGUUUGGUUGUGUGUCAUCUUUUACACAAGGUUACAUACCUCCAGGUAAAACCUUUAGUAAUUAUGUUUCUGUCUUGUUUGGUUCUGCAGAAAUUACCAGUUUUCUAGUGGAAGCUUCAUCCUCAAUUCCAGGAAGUGUCACUUUUAUCAUUGAAAGAAACACAACGUACCUGCUCUCAACAGAUAAUCCUGCAAAGGCAACUGUGAAAUUCACCAAUGGUACGAGUAUCAGAUAUACAGUUAACAAUUAUGGUGGAAAGGUGUCAGAGAUUGGAACUGAAGUAGCUAAUCAACUGGGUUCUAAAUUUGAUUCAUUACCGUGUAACAAUUACACUACACUUAUUGUAAAGGGUACAUACACCAGUGUCAAGAGACUUUGUACAAGUGAAGGAAUUGAUUGGGUAUUCGUAUUGAGUGUACCACAAUGGAAUUACAUUGGAUCUAUGCUUAUUGCCAUUAUCGGUGCAAUCGUUGCGUCUGUAAUUAUCAUCUUUUUGGGAAUAAUCAUUGCAGUCUUCUUCUCCUUCAAAAUUGUAAAACCAUUUAAAAACUUGAUAGCUGCUUUCCAAAAUGUAUCGAAUAUGGAAUUGGAUGAUUUGAAAUUAUACAAGACUUUGUUCUCUGAGGUCAAAACUCUGCAAACUCAUUUCGUUGGAAUGGUUGACAAGAUUAAACUUUACAGACAAUUCAUUCCACCUCAUUUGUUAAGUAAAUUGGAUGAUAAUGAAGAUAUAGUACAAGAAUCAGCUUCUCAAAUAUCUGUCAAGAAGGAAGAACCAAAGAGUUUCGCCCACUCCAAUAGUGAAACUAAGGUUGACAUGUCCAGUAGAUCAAUAACAACUCCAACAACAAAUUCGAAACUCGAUGUCAAGAAACAAUUAUCUGCCAAGAAUAUGUUCUCGUUGCACCUUGAGAAGAAACCCAUUUCAGUCAUUGGUGUCUGUAUGCAAGGCAUUAAUAGAUGGUUCGUUGAUCUAGCUCCUGAAGUGAGUGUUGAUUUACUCGGUGGUUUAUAUGAUCAGAUUAUGCAAAUUUCCAAACCAAGUAAUGGACAAGCAUGGAAAUUUGAAAAUGAAACUUUACUGAUAACAUUCAAUGCAUCUACCAAUCAAAAUGCUCACGAACUCAAAUCCAUUCAAACUGCAUACACUCUAUCGACAAAACUAAAGGAUUAUACAAAGGUGAAACUCUUGAAGAAUAAUGCCUUUGCAGAUCAACAAGAAUUAACAGUUGACUUUUCUACAAAGAUUGCAAUUGCAACACAAGAGUGUCUAUGUGGUAAUAUUGGUACUAAACAAGCAAUGAGCUUUUCAAUUCAAGGAUCCAUUCAGCAAAACAUUGAAAUGUUAUUAGAAACUGCUAUUAGACUUGAUAUUUCAAUUUUAUUUGCAUCUGAAUUGAAAUCAAAGGUCGAUACCAAAUAUCAAUUUAGAUACAUUGAAACUAAACAAUUACUAGCCGACAAUGUAUUUACAGUUCCAGACAGAUACAAACAAUCGAAUAUUUUCAAAGAAGAUUCAUUGUACGAAUUGGGUCUUUGUAAUCAAGUGAACAUGGAUGAAUGGAUGUAUGAAUUGGAAGAAAAGGAAAAGAAAGACAAGUGGAAGUUUUACAAUCAAGCAUGUGAAUACUAUUUCGAUAAGGAGUAUGAUACAGCACUUGAAAGAAUUGAUGAAUAUUUGAAAAACUCUGCUAAUAGCACUGAUUUGGCAGCUCACAAUUUGAGAUCAGUGAUAAUGGAUUUACAAGGGAAUGCAAAUUUCAAACUCAAAUCUGUCAAAUAA